CGCCCCGGAAGCGCCGGUCGCGGGGGCGGAGGAGCCGAGGUGGUCGGAGGAGCGGUUUGGGAGAACCUGUGGAGACUGCGAGAAUGGAGCCGGGCUGCGUAGGGGUGCCCAGCGUGGAUGGCUACACAGUCCUGAGAGUGAUCGGGGAGGGCUCCUUCGGCAGAGCCCUUUUGGUUCAGCAGGAAAGCAGUAAUCGGAUGUUUGCCAUGAAGGAAAUAAGGCUUCCCAAGUCUUUCUCUGAUACACAGAAUUCUAGGAAGGAGGCUGUUCUGUUAGCCAAAAUGAAACACCCCAAUAUUGUUGCCUUUAAAGAGUCAUUUGAAGCUGAAGGACAUCUCUAUAUUGUGAUGGAAUAUUGCGAUGAAGGGGACCUAAUGCAAAAGAUUAAACAUCAAAAAGGAAAGUUGUUUCCUGAAGAUAUGAUACUUAAUUGGUUUACACAAAUGUGCCUUGGAGUAAAUCACAUUCACAAGAAACAUGUGUUACAUAGAGAUAUCAAAUCCAAGAACAUCUUCCUCACCCAAAAUGGACAAGUAAAACUGGGAGAUUUUGGAUCCGCCCAUCUUCUCUCCAAUCCCAUGGCAUUUGCUUGUACUUAUGUGGGAACACCUUAUUAUGUGCCCCCGGAAAUUUGGGAAAACAUGCCUUAUAACAAUAAAAGUGACAUCUGGUCCUUGGGAUGCGUUCUGUAUGAACUCUGUACCCUGAAGCACCCGUUUCAGGCAAAUAGUUGGAAAAGUCUUAUCCUCAAAGUAUGUCAGGGGUCUGUGAGCCCACUGCCAUCUCAUUAUUCCUAUGAGCUUCAGCAUCUAAUCAAGCAGAUGUUUAAAAGGAAUCCUUCCCAUCGCCCCUCAGCUACCACGCUUCUCUCUAGAGGCAUUUUAGCUCGGCUUAUCCAGAAGUGCUUAACCCCACAGAUCAUCACAGAAUUUGGAGAGCAGGUAUUAGAAGAAACCAAAAAAUCUAAGCAUAGUACACCAAGAAAAAAGGACUCCAGCAGAAUCAAGAUCACUUUGGAAAAAGAAGCAAGCACAGUGCAAGGGGAAGAACAAGGCAGAAAAUAUAGCCACCCUGAUUUAGAAAGCACUAAUAAAAAUUCAGUGGCAAGUGCACUGAGGAGAGUAAACAGAGAAGAGAAAGAUGGUAAAUCAGUCCAUCAUAGGAAAGCUGGUUCACCAAGUCCUCUCAGGCGACAGUGGGAGAAACAUGUAUGCACUACAGCGCUUGCGGCUUUGGAAAAUGCAUCCAUACUUGCCUCCAGUUUAACCACAGAGGAUGAUAGAGGUGGUUCUGUAAUAAAGUACAGUGGAAAUAAUAGCCGUAAGCAGUGGCUCAAAGAGUCUCCUGAAACCUUGUUGAACAUCCUUAAGAAUGCUGAUCUCAACUUGGCAUUUCAAACAUACACAAUAUAUAGACCAGGUUCAGAAGGGUUCUGCUUGAAAGGUCCCCUGUGUGAAGAAACUGAAGCAUCAGACAGUGUUGACGGAGGUUACGAUUCUGUCAUUUUGGAUCCAGAGAGACUCGAACCUAGACUGGAUGAGGAGGACACAGACUUUGAGGAGGAAGACAACAACUUUGAUUGGGUGUCAGAACUGAAGCAGCGAGCUGGCUGGCAAGGAGCAUCUGGUGACUAAUGCCCAAGGAAAUGUUCCUUAGUCACAUUGAAUAGAUUUUUAAAGUGAGGAAUUAAUGUUUUGAUAUUAGCUAACGGACUGUAUAUUUUCCCUUGGAAACAGAAUGGGGUAGGGGUGCUGUGGAUAUUUAAAAUUGUUCCUGAUUCGUUUAAAAAUCUACAAUUCUUGUGCGUUUUUUAAUGCAAAGGAGAAGGUGUAGAAUUAUGGGUGUGAGCUUCAGGCUUUGCAGUCAGAUAGAACAGAAAUUGGAUGCUCAUUAUUUGUGUGAUUGUGGGAAAUUACUUAACCUCUUUGGGCCCGAAUUUCCUCAACUAUAACAUGAGGAUAAUAAUGCCUAUCUCAUAGGGAUGCUGACCAUGGAGCAUGAGAGCAACCCAUAAUGUUAUUAUUUGCAUUGUUAUGAUUUCUGUUUAUUACUAUGUAACUCUUUUUACAUUUCCUAAAGAUUUUAGGAUCUAAAUAUAUUUAAUUAUAA